AUGCACAUCGACAGAAGGUCUAAUGUUCCUAGUUUUUCUCAGAAACCAAGUAAUCUUCGAGUCUUCACUUUCCCCGAACUCAAAUCGGCCACUAAUGGCUUCAGCCGAUCAGCAAAGAUCGGCGAAGGUGGUUGCGGGUGUGUCUACAUCGGCGUCAUUAAAUCCGAUCAAGACCCGACUAAAAAGCUUCGUGUCGCCGUGAAAGAAUCGUACACUAAGGGUGAUCCAGAAUCUGUCUACUCCACUCUCAAAUGGAUAUCAGUCAUUGACCUGUGUUGGUUGGACGAUUAGAGCUGGGGUUUGCAUUAUUGAAGCUCCUUGUAUAAAAUCAUUCGCAUACAAUACAAUUCUGACAAAAUAUCAAUAUCACAAAAUGUCAAUCUCAUAGAAUGCUAGCAUAUUUUGAAGUGGCUUAGAGGUCAAACAUACACAAGACAUCUAGGAAUGAAACAAGAAAAUGAACGAGGAUUCUUUCAAGAAUGCAGAUAUUUUUUUUGCAAGAG